AAUGAAGCACCUAAAGAGGUCAGUAUCAAUUGGUCAUCAUAUAUUGAUGCUUUAAAAGAUAAAUUGGCCACUGAGAUAGCAAAUUUUACUGCAGGUAAUUUACAAAAGUGCAAAAAGUUUUGGCCAAAUCUUACAUCAGAUAAGUAUAUACUGAAUACUGUUUCAUAUGGUAUCAAUAUUGAAAUAGACCAAUCAACACAACAGUCAAGAAUUCCUCAGACUUAUGCUUUCAAUAAAGUAGAAUCUGAUAUAAUUUGUACUGAAAUCCAUCAACUUUUAGAGAAGAAAGUGAUACGAAAGGUCAAACAUUGUGCAGGUGAAUUUAUUUCCAAUAUUUUCUUAAGAGAGAAAAAAGAUGGAAAGUACAGAUUGAUUUUAAAUCUGAGGAAACUUAAUGCUUCUGUUGUAUAUCAUCAUUUUAAGAUGACCAGUUUGCAGUCAGCCAUUAAUCUUAUGAAACCUCAGUGUUUUAUGUCAACCAUAGAUUGGAAAGAUGCUUAUUAUUGUCUGGCAGUUUGUGAUGAACACAAGAAACUGUUAAGAUUUGAAUUUGAUGGGAACUUGUAUGAAUAUCAGGUUUUACCAAAUGGCUUGGCGAGUGGACCACGUGUUUUUACUAAAGUUACCAAACCAAUUUUUUCCUAUUUGAGGAAAUUAGGUCACAUGAAUUGUCCAUACAUUGAUGACAGUCUCUUAGUUGGAGAAUCUUUGCAAGAUUGCAGAGAGAAUGUGAUGCAAACAGUUAAAGUUUCUACUCAAGCAGGGUUUACUGUGCAUCCAACUAAGUCUGUUUUAGAACCAACACAAAAGUUGGAUUUUUUAGGCUUUACAUUGGAUUCUGUAAAAAUGCGAGUGUCCUUAAACAAGAGACAAGCAGAUAAAAUAUUUUCGGCAUGUACCGAUCUCUUACAGCAGGACUGUAUAACUAUACUACAAUUGGCAAAAGUAGUAGGAUUAUUGGUAGCAUCUUUUCCUGGUGUAGAAUAUGGGCCUCUUUUUUAUAGGUCACUGGAUAUGAGAAAAAAUCAAGCUUUGAAAGCUAGUAAAGGAGACUUUCAAGCAAAAUUGCAGAUUGCCAAUGAUGAUGCCUUGAAACUAGACUUGACUUGGUGGAUACAAAAUAUUCAUUCAAGUUUUAAGUUGAUUUCACAUGGGAACCCUUCAUUAGUUAUUUAUUCUGAUGCAUCAGAAAAAGGAUGGGGGGGAGCAUGCAGGGGCAUCACAUCAGGAGGAAACUGGUCAGCAGUUGAAAGUACUUUUCACAUUAAUCAUCUUGAAUUAUUAGCUGCAUGGUUUGCUCUAAAAUGCUUUGCACGAGAUGAAACAAAUAUUCACAUUAAAAUGUGUAUAGAUAAUACAACUGCUUUGUCAUAUAUUGCUCGAAUGGGAGGGAAAAUACCCUCGCUAAAUAAUUUGGCCAGAAAAAUUUGGUUAUGGUGCAAGGGAAAAAAUAUAUGGUUAUCAGUUGCAUAUAUUGAAUCAGAAAAUAAUGUAGAAGCUGAUAAAGAAAGUAGACUUGAUCAUGAUAAUCUUGAAUGGAAGUUGCACCAAACAGUAUUUAAAGAUAUAACUAAGCAGUUUUAUCUACCAGAAACAGAUCUGUUUGCUUCAAGGCUGAAUAAUCAACUACCUAAAUAUGUAUCAUGGAAACCUGAUCCAUUUGCUAUGACAACAGAUGCCUUGUCUAUUGACUGGUCACAGAUAAAUGCUUAUGCAUUUCCACCUUUUUCUUUAAUAGGAAAGAUGUUAAGCAAGAUAGAGUUUGAUCAAGUGGAUAGUAUCAUAGUGGUAGUGCCUUAUUGGACAACUCAAGUAUGGUUUUCAAAAUUGAGCCAUAUGUUAAUAUCUUGUCCUUUUUUACUUCCCAGGAAGCAAGAAUUGCUGUGGCACCCACACAAAAACAUGGACAAUCAUCUUCCAAAGUUACAGCUAAUGGCUUGUGUAUUGUCAGGGAAAGUUUCGAAGACAUGGCAUUUUCGCCAACAGCUGUCAAAUUGGUCAUGUCCUCAUGGAGAGAUACAACUGUCAAGCAAUACGAAUCUUACAUUUCCAGAUGGAUUCAAUAUUGUAGUGAGAGGAACAUUAAUACCCUGUCACCAAAUGUAACUGAUGUUGUAAAUUUUCUAGCCCAUUGCUUUGAUAUGGGACUUGGAUAUUCUGCUCUUAAUACAGCAAGAUCAGCACUUUCAACUUUUAUUAUGGUGGAUAAGUGUCCAGCAGGUGCUCAUCCUCAUGUGGUUAGACUGAUGAGAGGAGUUUUUACUUCUAGACCUGCAUUACCAAGGAACAAUGUGAUAUGGGACACAAGUUUGCUUUUGAAUUACCUCAAAAAACUUUCACCUGUGAAAAAACUUAAUCUUUUACAACUGAGCAAGAAAGCAGUGACAUUGACCAUUUUAUUGACAGGUCAAAGAACGCAAUCCUUGCAUCUUAUUGACAUUCGUAACAUCACAAUUAAUAAGUCUAAAGUCACAUUUAGAUUUGGUGAUUUACUGAAGCAGUCAAGACCAGGUCACCACAUUGGUGAAAUAACAGUGACAGCAUAUGCACCAGAUAUGAAUAUGGCUGGUAUAGACAUGGAGAAAUUUACUCCACACAGCACACGUAGUGCAGCAUCUUCACAAGCAAAACUUGCUAAAGUGCCAUUAGACACUAUUUUGAAGACGGCAGGCUGGUCUAAAGAUUGCACAUUUGCUAAAUAUUACGAUAAAGAAAUAACUCAACAGGGCCAGUUUGCAGAUGCGAUUUUGUCUGGCACUGGUGCACAUGUUUGACAUGGACAUUCAGAUUUAC